AUGUACCUGAAGACUAAGAUGCCAAACUUCCUGAACCCUGAUCUAGACGGGAAGACCUACAAUUGUAUAAACGUUGAGAACAAGCUGAUACAAAAUAUGCACAAGAUUUACAAGCAGCAGCGUGAAGAAGGGGUCAAGAGGAAGGGGGGUACUCCACCACAUCACCUGUUCGACCCCGAAGACUACAUGGACUUGUCCCUUUUUAACAGCACCCCAGAUGUAAACAACAUAUGUGUUGAGUUGAAGUUAAAAUUGGAUGUUAGAAAUGGAGAUGGGGAGGCCGACCUCGAUUCGUCCAUUCUUCUGGACAUCAACCCGAGGGGUGUCAUGUCGAGAGAGCAGCGGACCUUCGUCUACGAGUAUAGGAGGACCAAGCCGAUGCGCGACAAGGCCCUCGAUCAUCUCACCAGGGAGCAGCGGAUGAAAUACUUCACCUCCAUGUCGCACCAAUUGGCCGGAAGAUCAAUCACCUUCCAAGGAACCACGUACAAGCUGCUGAACGUGCUACAGACGGCCAUCUACGGAGGGGUGUACCUCGCGCAGGUGGUGGAGUCCUCUGAUGAAGGUUCCGUGAAGGAGAAGAAGGAGAAGAAGGCCAUAAAAAUUCUGUCCAAGCAUCUAAUCGAGUUAGCAAAAGAUAAAGUUCAGGAGGAUCCCCUCUCAGAAUAUCACUACCGAAAUUGUAUGAGUGGACACAGUAACAUCCUUAGCUGCGACAUGAUUUUCGACGAUGAUUUUUAUGUGUAUAUGAUCAUGCCGUUUGCAGUGCAUGGUGAUUUAUUUGAAGUCAUGAAGGCUCGAAGUAAACCAUUCACAGAAGAAGAAGCCAAAUAUAUUUUUUAUCAGAUUCUAUUAUCCAUUAAAUUUCUUCAUUGUAGAAGAUUAGCCCUGAGAGAUAUUUCUCUCGAGAAUGUACUUUUAUUUGAAAAUGAACGUAGUGGAUUGAUCUACCCUGUUUUGAAUGACCCUGGUCAGGCAACCUACUUCAACAUGAACAAGAACAAUCAGGUUACCUUAUUAGAGUAUAAAAAAAUAUUUGGUAAAAUUUUCCGUCCUCCAGAGGUAUAUGAGAAAUGUAUGUAUGAUCCUACAAGGGUUGAUAUUUUUUGUGUUGGUUACAUUUUAUACUUUUGCCUGACCAAGCAGGAGCUAUUCAGAUGUGCCUUAGCCAAAGACAUCCAUUGGAAUAUGCUCAAAAUGAAAAACUACCACCAGCUCUUGAGGGAAAAAAAGGGACUCCAUUUAUCAGAACCCGCUUUAGAUUUCAUAUUUCGUUGCUUAGAACCCAAUUUUAAAAUGAGACUUGAAAUUGGGGAGGCGUUAACACACCCCUGGUUCAGGGGAAACUUCUUUCCUGUGCACAACCAGAGCCUUUUUCUUCUUCGGGGGGACGAUGAAGUGGGUGCGGUGGAUGGGGGGACUGUCUCGUCGAGAGAAAUUCCCAAGGGACACUCCUCCUCUUUGUUCAAUUUCAAACUUGCCACAGAAAUAGAACGAUGUGCUAAAAGGAAAAAUGUUAAUAUAGAUCAGAGCUGCUCUAUCAAAUUCAGCAUCCAUGAGCAUGUGAUCGUUGCCCCGUGUCCUCCUCCUCCUGCUUCUUCUACUCCUACUGCUGCUUCUACUGCUGCUCGCCCACAGGUACACUUCAGCGGGGGUAACAGCCCCUCCCCUUGUUUGAACAGCACACACAGGCAGGAUUAUUACCCCCCAGAGUUUGAACCCCAUGCGGAGGAUGGCCUCAUCAGGGGGGAGAAGUGCGUUGGCGACACGCCAGGAUGGCCCACUUGCAACGGGGCUCCUCCCAAAUGGACAGACCUUAACAGCCCCUGCGGGGUGAUCCCCCCGUACGUAAGCGGCUACAAAAGGGUAAGCAAUUACAAGGACGUAAUCAGUUACAAGAGUAUUAGCGGUUAUAGGAAGGAGGCGUUCCCCACCAGCGCCAAAGAUUAUCUUCGAGGCCACAGGGCCGGGGGUUGUCCCUACCCUUCCGCCCACGGUAUUUAUGCAAAGCACUAUGGGGUUGUGAGAAAGCCACCCCCACCGAUAGAAAAAACAGAUUGGAUGAAGAAGUAUGAGGACUCCGCUUCUACCCACACGUGUCACACAAAUUGGACAGAAGGAGACAAGCAAAGCAGGGUUCAUAACUCCCCUGCAAGUGGCAGCGCACUGGGGGAAGAGUCUAAAUGUAAUUUUAUAAGGAGCCAUAAAAAAGGUGCAUACAGAAUGAUCGGAAUGAAAAGGAAGAAACAGAAACUGAGUUCCGACGCAGAAGAUGAAGCGUCAGUUAGCGGCGGUCAUAACCUGUUCGUUGAAAACCCAAGCAGCAGCUUCCACGUGAGGGCUAGGCAGGCGCUACAAACGCGGGCACAAGAUGAUACCCUUAAGACGGUACAGAAGACUCCUCACAUGGUAACAAACGCAGCAGUCGCCAAGGGACGUGGCCUCCUGAGUAUCUUCUCGGAGGCACAAAUACCCAAUGGAGGAGGACUACCAAAGAAUGGACCGGUUGGCAAAAAGCUUCAUUAUCCCAUUGGACCUUUCGAGGAAGAGUCCUUCAUCCAUGUGCAGGGGGAGGAGGAAGAGGAGGAAGAGGGACAGAGUGGUUGGGGAAAUAUUUUGCUGAGGAAAAACACCCCUCUGGAGUGGAACAAAAAUAUAAAUUGCAUAGGAGUUAGCAAAUGGGAGAGACACAAAGACGACAUGAAGAUGCAGGGAGGUGGGUACCAAAAUGGACCACUUAACAUUCAACAAAAGGAAAGUGAUAAAAGGGAAUACAUCGAGGACGUGGAAGAGGUGGUAUCUCCUCAGUGUGAGAAAACAUGUGAGGUGAAAUUGAGCGAAAGCAGCUGGAGAGACAUCCCCAUGGGGAGAUUCAAACAAGAGGAAGAAAAAACAUACACAGUUGAACUGGAAGAAAUUGUCUCCCCCAUGAAUGGAAGCCCACUCCACGACGUCACAAUUGUAACAGGAGGGGAUACUCCACAAAGAACAGAUCGUAUGGACACAAACGAUUCGAAUGAAAAAAAUGAAGAAACAAAAAAUAGCUUCAGUUAUAAUACAAACGGAGGUACCAAUGGUAACGAGUUUUUGCAUUUAAAUGAAGUGUUAACAAGGGAGAGAAACGAACCCUACAAGGUAGUUGAUUUAGGGGAAGGGAUCUUCAAAAGGGGUGAGGAAGCUCCUCCAAGUGGGUUACAUAAUGGUGGAGGAGAUGCCUGUAGGGUAGUAAAACGGUGGUGUAGUUUAGGCGGAAGAGAGAUCGUCUGGAAGGACUGUUCUCCAAAGGGUAUCCUAACUCCUUGCGAAGAAAAUUUUUUCAGCAGGGAAAAUACACCAAGAAUAAGUGUAGGCAGUCACACAGAUCAACAUGCUCAUCUAGGUGAGGGGGAGGAAAAUGUAAAAGGGACUCCAUUGGGUGAAGAAAUGCACAUAAGGGGGUUACCUGCACACAGAGAUGCAUCCUAUGCAUAUAUUAAUAUGAAAGACGAAACGGAAUCUCCACGAUUGAAUUCCCCAUUGUGUGAGGAGAACUAUUCUGAUGUAGUAACUAGCCAUGUGGAAUCUCUGAAACGGUGCGCAUCCCCGAACAAGUGUGAAGAACAGAAUCAAACGGGUUCUAACUCGUUCGAUAGAUGUAGCGAGAGUGAAUCAAGGCAGAUGUGCAGCAUUGCGAGUAGGAGCGAAUCCUGUUCCAUGGACCAGGACAAGGGAAGCACGUUGGAGAAAUUAAUUACAACUAUGUCUUCGUGCCUUUCUGAGGUUGCCUUGGAAAUAGACCUGGCAAAUUUGAAAAGGAAGUGCCCCACGCCGGGUGGUGAAGCGGCGGCGAGGGUUGGCCAGCUUCUCCUCGGUGACCCCCACGACGAAGAGGAAGAUUUCAAGGACGCCCUGGAGUAUGAACUGGAACACGAGCUGGAGAGGGAGAUCAGGGAGGAGGAGCUACUACUCGAGAGAGAGCUAGAGGUUGAGUUGGAAACGGAGUUGGGCAGGAGGGCAGAGGUCGAAUCGCGUAUAGCAUUGCGUGUAGAAUCGCGUGUACAAUUGGAGAGGGUGCCAUAUGUAGAGCUAGACGUUGCUCCAUCUGUCCAUCCCAAUGUCGUGCGGCUACAUACGUCGUCUUCCUCGACAUCUGACACGGGGGAAGUUAGAAACGGUUCAGGUGGCACGUUGAAGGAGCAGUAUGAAUCCAUGUCAGAUGUGGAACGGCAACAGGGCAGCGCGGUGAACAUGCACCCGAACGACAUAUGGGGGACCCAUUCGAUUAGCACAAAAAAGGCCAACCAAGAAGUUAAGACACCGUGUAAAAAGUUAGUGAGUGGGAAGAAAACACAACAGGUCGGAGAGGUUGUGAUGGAAGAAGGAGAAGAAGAGGAAGAGGACAUGAUGAAAAAACGUGUAGCAUUGUGUGGGGUGCCCACGAAGAAAAGAAACACUUCAUGCAAAUUGCAAAUGAGAAAAAAAAAGUCCACUAAUAAAAUGAAGAAAGUGUACCUUCCUGCCAACCCAGAAAAAAAGAAGAGCAAAAUUGUGAGGCUUCAAAAAUGUGUACUCGGGGAAGGGUUAAGGAAGAGCAGUCGGAGUGGGCCUGCAAAGGGGACCAUCACAAAGGGGACCGCCGCCAAGCCUCACCCCUUGGGCAAACACGCAGAAGCGCUUCACCGAAAAGACAGGGACGAACCGAACGACAUGAGCUCCAUUAUCAACUGCACGAAUAGGAAGGGGGCGACAAAAACGAAGGCCAAGAUUCCCUGCGACAGGAAAAAGUGUUUAACGAAGCGGCACACCAUAUCGGAGCUUCGUCCCGGAGGACGCGCCAACAUCAGCAGUGACGUGGGCGGUAAUAUCCAUGUGAAGGUUGUGCCCGAUCUAAGGACCACCAGAACGAGUGGCAAAUUUCACGGUGCAAAAUCAGCAGGGGGGAAGAGCACUCUACUGCAUCUGCCUGACACUAGGAUGAUGGUGGAGGCUCUCCGUGACGUGGGGAAGAGACACACCAUUUGUAACGCCACAAUCGAUGGGAAGAGUCGUGAAGGUGUACAGGUGCUCCCCGCCUCGAGGGGCACCGUCGGAAGGAUUAGUCUGAAAUGUGGUGCCAAGACAGGCGAUGGCAUCCGCACUAGUGUGGGCGGCAUCCGUAGUAGUGUUGGCGGAGUUCUCACCAGCCAGGUAGCCAAGUGGAACGGCAAACAUAUAGAAGAGAAAGUUCGAAGGAACCACAACCAGGUGCACAGAACCUGUGUAGAGGAGCGCAACCAAAAGGAGCUAAUCAAGAGCCAUGUGGUUAAAGAAUUUAAGGGAAAGGGGAAAAGCACUCUGGUCGAAUCACACCGAGGUGGUGAAUUAUCCACGGAGGAGACGAUCACCAUAAAGAGGGACAGCUUCCUCCAAGGGUUGAACACCACAGGACUUUAUGCAAAUGGGGCAGAGGCAGAUGUGGACCACGGAUUGUUAGGUAGCCAAGAUGAAGUGUACAUUGAGGCUAAGAGAGAGGAAAGAGAUUUUCUUAAUGGUGAGUUUACCACAGUGGGUGUAAGAGGUCAACUGGACAAACACAGUGCAGGGAAAAAGGUGCACGGAUGCCAAGACAUGCAGCUACAACACUGCUUAGAAGGAAAUGAGGAGGCCCCUUCACAUUAUAGAAGCGACGUGGGUGAAAAAACGCUCGAGAGGGGGGGAAGCAAUAUGAUGAUGGCGGACAUUUCCUUGGGGAAGGACUACGCGAAGGACAAAUCGGCUCUGAAGAAAGACCCUCAUGUGGUGGUAACUUCCACAUACCUAAAGGUCGACGCGAAGAAGAGCCACAAAGAUGUAUCAAUGUGUAGAAGGAAAGAAGAUCAGAAGACCAGAAUAUCCAGUGACGAGUUGGUAGUAAAUAAAUUUUUGGCUGAAAUGGGGGGGAACCCUCCUGCAAGAGUGCCCACACGAGACAGCGUGAAGAAGGGAAGCUGCAAAAGCAUUCAACCGAACAAAGUAAACGGACAUGGGGAGAAAGAAGCCAAUGUCAUAAAGAAAAACAGUUCCUUGUGUAGGAGUGUAUUGGUGGCUAGUCAAAGGGGAAACAACGUGAAGGACAGAGAGAAGCAAAUAAAGAAGAACGAAAGUAGGAGGGUGAGAGACGGGGCAAUCAAACGAGGGAGUGCUGACGUGGGGGGAGACAGGGAAAGGUGCCCACACGGGGUGACACCCAGCAAAGUCCAGAUGCGCGAAGGGAAGAACAACGUGAGGACUGCUCAGGAGGGAAACAGUGUUUACUCCAGUGCAGGGAAGAAGGACAGCUACCUGGAGAAGCGAAAAACGUAUGUGUUCUUUUUUAAAAAGGGCCUGAAAGGAAAAUUGGAAAAAAUGAACCAAAAGGCAGAAGCAGAAAAGAAUAAAAAAAAGGUCCCAGGCAUUUUACACAAGAGAACAGAAAUGAGCGAAAGCCCCAUCGAUGGUAGUAGGAGGAAGAAGACACUCCAAGGGGAUGAAAACACAAAAGAGGAGGAACAAAAAAAAUUAUAUAAAAAAGUGUACCCACGGAAAAUGCACGAUGUGGUCUCAUUAGAAUCAAAUAACCUACAUGGACAGAUGACGACCUAUAGAUGCACCAAUAGGGUUAAUGAAAAAGGGAAGGAAAUUUAUUUCUACAGUGGGAAUAGCGGUUCUGUGAAUGGUAAGUGUCACCAAUCAGUUAGCCGUAAUGGGGUGGAAGUUCAAUCUGAAGUCACACCUCCGAGGGGGAACAACAACCUCACUGAUGUGAAGAAGGUGGUACACUUUAGUCACUUGGAUUCGAAAAAUGAAAGGAGCAAUAAUUCCUUGGGGGUACCCAGCAUGGAUGUAAGUAGGACAGACACUUUUAAUUUUCACCACCAUGAGAAGAAGGAUGGUGAAACGGGGUAUAGUGCCGGAGUCUCCUCUCCAUCGAAUGCACAAAAAAAAAAAGGGGUAGAAACUGCAGAUGGAUCAUUUACCAGGAGGAGAAAAGAUGUCCUCAAUGGAGGAAACAGAAUGCAGGGUUAUACAUUAAGGGGUCUGUCUCAAAUGGGUUCUGUAAAAGGUACGAGGGAACGGGAGUUAGAAUCCCUUUCGAGGAGAAACGGAGCAGGCGACACGCGCUACACAGAUCAUGUGAAGAAGAACCUUGAGGGUUAUAAUGUACAGGUCCAUCAGAAGGGUUUCCUCCCCAAGGGGUUAAUGGGAGGAGAAAAAUUUGCGACCAACCAAGUUGCUUCUCUUUCUUUAUAUUUGGACCACCCGGAUGAUGCUGAUCCCCCCACACACCGCUCAUGGGGACAGAAUGCGCAGCUGCCUCAACAGUUGAUGAUGCAAAGACGGAUGAUGGGGGGUGCAUUCAAUGGGGAGCGAACAACCCUCAUGGAGACGCCCCCAAUGGUGACAUGUAGGACUGGUACGAAUGUCGCAGGGGGGAGAAUCAACGGGGGGAAAAGUCAAACACAUGGAAGUGCAAAAAAGGAAACAGAAGGAGAAAAGUAUAACCAAAAGGGACCCACCAUUGCUAUGCAGCACCAAAUUGGUAGUGGAAGAUGCAGCAACGGUAGGACAAUGGACACACAUGGGAAAAUGAAACACCUUCUUAACUUGAACGAUCAAAUGAAAAGGAGUGGUGAGAAGAAUGCUGUCCAUAUUAACCCAAUGGUGGAAAGCCCUUCCGUGUGGUUGUCACACAUAGAACAGGGCAGUGCUGACCCCUACCUGCAGCAGAGUCAAGGGAAAAAAAAACAAAGUGCUAACCCAUGUUUGAAUUUAAAAGAGGAUGAGAUGCAGACAGUUUUCCAUUCAACUGGCAAUGUGGUUCACUUGCAUGCAUCUAAGGUGGAGUCCCCUAUGCCGAUGCCUGUCUUAAGCCCAAGAAACGUCACUCCAGGGGGCGUCAAUCGUUGUGUGAAAAAAGUGGCUCAAAUUGUACCCUGCAACGUAGUGCAGAAAGAGGAGGUGCAAAUGGUAAGGCCGUUCAGUGGUCAUGCCAAUUACGCAGUCGCCAAGGGGACGAACACAACUGGCCCCACCCUUAGAGCGUAUCACUUACCAAACACGUGUCAUUAUGGGGCUCAAAAUGUAUUCAUCAGGUGCAACGAAGGGAAGGUAGCCUACCCAAUGGGUGAUGCAUCUGGAAGGAGCAGCAAAAUGGAGAAACGGAAAAAUGACCAGAACAGAGGGAGUCGCAACGAUGCGUAUGCUCAGGUGUUGGAAGCUACCCACCAAGGGGGGACAAAUAAAACCUACACGUCUUUGCAAGGGACAAAUGGUUACGCAAAUGCGAGGCAGACAAAGAACAACGUCAUGUCAGGGAAAAACAAAAAGAAUUCUAACUUGAGCAUCUUGUGGUGGAAGACUUAG